UCGGCUUUCAACUGUUUUUAAAAUUACAAAAUUCGAAAAUUCAAUCAUCUAAUAUUUUCUGAGGAAGCAAAGCUGCUUUGAUAUAAUAAAAAUAGAUACCGCAUCAAGUAGUUUAGCAUGAGAAGCUCGGAUAAUCUUAUUUUCAAAGUAUACAAGAUCAAUGAGAAUGGAAUCGUUUCAGCAGUGGAAUAUGAACAAGAUUUUUAUACCCGCGAAGUACUAUCGAAAAGACCCAUUUCGUCCCAAGAACCCGCACCAAAUUUGAUUUGCGAUCGGGAAAAGCUGAAAUUGAACUUCAGUAACUUUGAAUGCGAGGACGAGGAUAAUCCUCUUAUUAGUUUUGUAAAAAUUGAAAAUAUAAGCGAUGUAAGUUUAAUUGAAACCAGUGGAUACUCUUGCCCAAAAAGUUUUAUAGCUCGAGGUAAAAGAAGCGCUUCACCAUGUUAUUUGCAUCAUCAAAUGAGGAUUUCUUUGAAUAUUCCUACUAUGAUAAGAUGUCAAAAUUGCGAAACCAAUUUCCCCACGAAAUAUCAAUAUCAAAGGCAUCAAUGUGAAUUUAAUGCAGAAAAAGUCGUUUUGAAAGCGAAUGCUGAUUUAAAAGAUAUAAACAAAGGAAUGAGAAUCAAGUAUGAUUGUGAGAGAUGCGGAAAACAAUUUGUAAGUAAAAAUAAUUUAGAAAGACAUCAGAUUUGUCACGAAAAUUCAAAAGAAAACGUAUGCGAGCAUUGCAAUAAACAGUUUGUUAGCGAAAAUAGAUUGAGAAUUCAUAAAGAAAAUCACUGUAAAAAGGUAGGAGAUAUAUCUAAGUUUUAUCGUAGCGAUGUUGCUGUUUGGAAAUGCAAAAAAUGUCAUGAAGUAUUUUCUUCUUUGAAUUCUGCGAACACUCAUGUGGAAUCAUGUAAGGAAGAUUUAUUUCAAUAUGAUCAAAGUGAUCCUAAAGAUACUUUUGACGAUGAAAAAAAAGAGAGUCCUAGUACUGUUUCACUAUUUAUAGUUAAUGAUGAUUUGAAUUCCAAGCUAUUAGAUGAAAGCCAAAUUGAAAAAAUCCUCACAGAAAUUUUGUUGCAGUGUGAAUUUUGUAACAGAACUUAUGCCGAUAAAAACUUACUUCUGUUACAUCAAAGAAAACAUUCUACUGCUAAAAAUUAUGAAUGUGUUAACUGUAAAAGCAGCUUUGAGUCAUAUGCAGUUGCUGCUCAACAUUGGCUGAAAAUAUGUUCGGAAACUUCCAACAUGUUUUAUCUGCCUAAAUUAACUUAUUGUGAAUACUGUGAUCGCACAUUCAAGUCUCAUGAAUUGUUAUAUGCACAUAAAAUAAAGAAAAAACAUUAUACAGUGAAACUACAUAUGAAUGAUUCACAUUCUAAUAAAGAUAAUAUGAGGGAGAAACAAAUCGAUAGUAGUGAAACCAUUAAUAAACUCAUUGAAGAUGUGUUAAUUACACUGGACAGACCAAUAGGUAAAAUUUGCCAAUUGACUAAACUCAAUUACGAUGAUUCAAAUAAAGAGAAUAUCGAAGUGGAAGCUCAUUAUACACAAAGGGAAUUUAGUGAUGUUCCCGAAGAUUCUAUGAAUAACGAGAAUUCAGAUAAACCUGAAAAGAAAAAGAGGGGACGAAAACGAAAAUGUUCCAAACCUGGAAUAAGGAGCAAAAAGCUUCAAAGUCUGAUAAAUGAAGGAUACAAGUACCAAUGUGAACGUUGCCCACUUGUGUGGGAUAAUAUUACCGAUCUAGAGAAACACAGAGAUGAAGAACAUGCAGCAAGUUUUAGUUGCGAGGAUUGUGGACAGAUUUUACAUAGUGCCAAAGCACUGCUUAUCCAUUGUCGGGCUCACAAGUGUCUGAAACCAUAUGUUUGUGAUACUUGUGGCAGAAGCUAUUCCCAAACAUCUCAUCUCUGGCAACACAUGAGAUUUCAUCAAGGCAUAAAACCCUUUGCAUGUCCCCAUGAGGGGUGUGAAGCUAGAUACACUAUCCGUCCAGAUCUGAAAGAUCAUAUAAGAAAAGUACACACUAGGGAGAGACCCUUUAAAUGUGCAGUUUGUAAUAAAUGCUUCCUAACAGGUUCCGUUUAUUACCAACAUCGUUUAAUCCAUACCAACGAUAGACGAUAUGGGUGUGAUGUCUGCCAUAAAAGAUUUUUCAGAGCUGAUGCUUUGAACAAUCAUAAAAGAAUUCACACUGAUGAACGUCCAUAUCCAUGUACUGUGUGUGGAAGAGAAUUCAGGCAGAAGGGAGAUCGUAAUAAACACAUGCGUACUCAACACCCUGAAGCUGUUGUUCAGUGAAGUACAUUUUAUCUAAUCCUAUAGUGUAUUUUCUCUUCUUACUUUUCAUUUCAUGGUUAUUAUUGUUUCUUGUUCACAAAAAUAAAAGUGAUAUAAAAAAGUAAUUUGUGAUUUAUGAAAUAAUCAUCUUUAUAAAUUAACAGUCAUCAAAUGAGUAAUUAUAUUAUGUAUAGGUAGAAAAGUUCAAUACAAAAAAAUAAUUUCAGUUCUCUUUGGACUCGGUACUACAUUUGAAAAGUUGAAGUAACCACACUCUUACCAACAGAAUUUUUUAAAUUUCACUAACAAAGUUGUCAUCAUUAGAUAGGCUACUUAAUAAGUCACAAAAAAAGGCAAAAUGGUUAGGGUGCUAUUCUCUCUAGUAAUUUUAAUCUACCCUAAAUUUUCUUCUGUGAAUUAUUUAUCGUUGCAAUAGUGUCUAUUAUAUUCAAGAAAGUUUUAAAAGUUUCAAUGACCCUUCCCAUGUAUGAUUUGAAUUUUUCUGAAAUUUUAGGUAAAUUACUACCGGAACAUUGUUCAAUGUUAGUUCUAUUUUAAGAGCUAAUUUUUUGUCGACUUUCUACUAGGUUCUCGAUUUAAGUAAUGGAUAGUUGUAAAACUUUCACUUUUCAUCGAACCCUUACAAAAUAUUUGUAAGUCCCCUUUAUAACCCAUUAUUUACUUAGUGUGAAAGAUGGGCAGAUAAAAAUUGUAGCCGAUGAAAUAGAGUAGAUUAAAGUUACUGGCAGUCGAAAUACCUUGAGAUUUGCAUGUUUUGACUUUUGGUUAACGAUCUUAUUAUAAAAACUUU